CUCCCUCUCCUUCUCUCCCUCUCUCUCUCCCUACCCCGUCUGCGUAUAUCAUGUUGCCCUAGCCCUCUCAUUUCUCUCCCUCUCCAACUCCCAUCGGCACUCCUCCAUACCUGCACUCGAUGCUGACGAAAGUCCCAAAACAUCUUUGAAUUUUAGGGAGUGUAUAUAUGGGACUCCUCCAACUUCUCCCAAACUACCAUAUCUUCGAGCUCUCUCUCAUCUUUCAUUACCUUAUCCGUAACUCUCUCUCUCUCUCUCUCUCUCUUGCUGUCCUGAUUGCAGGCACUGGUUUGAGAUGGCUAAUUAUACCCCAAAGGACAUUCUCGUUACUGGGGCUGAUGGUUUCGCUGCAUCCCAUGUUGUCAACCGAAGUGGCUUUCCUAAAAAACAUUCCUUGAAGUUCUUGAUCUAUGGUAGAACUGGUUGGGUUGGGGGCCUGCUUGGAAAGCUAUGUGAGAUACAAGGAAUUCCUUACGAAUACGGAAGAGGGCGUCUAGAGGAUCGGUCAUCACUUUUGGCAGAUAUUCGUGACGUUAAGCCAUCCCAUGUUUUUAAUGCUGCUGGUCUGACUGGUAAACCUAAUGCAGAUUGGUGCGAGUUUCACAAAGUAGAAACAAUUCGCACGAAUGUUGUUGGAGCCUUAACCUUAGCAGAAGUUUGCAGAGAGCAUGGACUCUUGAUGAUGCAUUUUUCUUCAGGGUGUAUAUACCAGUAUGAUGCUGCACAUCCUGAAGGCUCUGGCAUUGGAUUUACAGAGAAUGACAAAUCCAAUUACGCCGAUUCUUUCUUUUCCAAAACUAGGGCUAUGGUUCAAGAGCUGCUGGAAGAAUAUGACAAUGUCUGCGUUUUAAGAGGUCGGAUGCCAAUAUUAUCUGACCUAAACAAUCCAGGCAACUUCAUAUAUAAGAUUACUCAUUAUAGCAAAGUGGUUAACAUCCCAAAUAGCAUGACUCUCUUGGAUGAGCUUCUACCCAUUUCAAUUGAGAUGGCAAAGCGAAAUUUGAAGGGUAUAUGGAACUUCACAAACCCUGGGGUUGUGAGCCACAAUGAGGUUCUUGAGCUGUACAAGCAAUGCAUUGACCCUGACUUCAAGUGGGAAAACUUCACACUUGAAGAACAGGCCAAGGUCCUUGCGGCCCCUCGAUGCAACAACGAGUUGGAUGUAACGAAGUUGAAAACAGAGUUCCCCGAGUUGCUAUCUAUCAAGGAGUCGCUAAUUAAAUAUGUCUUUGGACCCAACAUGAAAAACUUCACAGAAUAAUCAACACUUCUCUGUCUCAGACCUCGUGACUGACCUCUGCGUUUUGCACUAGGUUCUGUGUUCAGCUUCCCCUCUUAACGUUUGUCAGCUCUCCCAAUAAUUAUUCAUCCUUAGCUUCAUGUCAUUAUUUCCACUGUUGUAUAAGGUCAUGAGGAUAAAAUUCUAUUAGCUAGGCCGUCCUCUUCCAUUUUUCUCUACUAGUUGUAUUUAAUAAUUGAUAAUGACCAUGCUUGCGAAAAACCAGAAGCCUUGAUAUCUCAUUAUCUCUGUAGCUUUUAGAGAAAAGCUCUACCUCUGUCUUCUUUCAGCCUCCACCAUCCACCUAUUCCCCAACAAAACAUCCUCCUCAGCUCUCCUUAAAUAAUAAGCUUUCUUAUAGAGUUUUCUCCCCUCUCCUUCUAUCCCUCUUCUUCUCUUCAUCUCUCUUUCCUCUCUCUCCUUCCCUUCUAACCUACCACCACUUCUCUUUCUGCUUUUUUAUGGCCACCACCCUCUAGUGCAUCCAUGACUAUUACCAUUACCGCCAACCUCUAAAUCUUCAACUUCCAUUUCACAGCUGGGCAUCCAGCAGAAUGUCUAUCCCCUCGGAUCUAAUUAUGCAAAUCCAAGCCUUUUGGAUCCAAAUCUUGCUGCUUGAAUUCUCCUCUGUGAGUAGCCUUUCAUUGACAGGGAGCUUAGAUCUUAUUUUGCUCAGGACGAAAGUUGGAGUGGAGAUCUCCUUCAGUGACUCCAGUUCAGUCAACCACAGUGCACCUCAUUAUCAUCCUAGUGCAUUUUAGAUUCACAUUGCUCUGAUCUUUUCUACGUGUUGUAGCAUAUCUGUUGUAGCAUAUCCGUAUCCGGACCGCUUAGGUCCGGAUUUUACCAUCCGGAUUUCGGCCCGGAUUUAAUCCGGGCUGGAUUCCGGACCGGGCCGGAUAAAAUCCGGCCCGUAUGAACAGUCCUAGUCAAAGACCGCAAACAAAAAAUAAUAAUGAUUUCUCUAUUUGUUGUAGCGGCCCUUCUUUUGGUUAUGAAUAAAGUCACUACGCCAGGAGCUACGAAAUUGGGACCCCUUUGGUUGUCCAAUGUCUACACUGUACCGAACCAUUAUGGAAUAAUUGUUGAGACCCCAACCAUUUAUACCUUGUUGGUUUUUAAUUUAUCUGCAAUAUUAUUUUUA